AUGGCCCGCCUCCUGUGGACUCUCGCUUCGCCUUCUCUGUUCCUGGUCCUGGUCUCUGCCACAAGCACCUGCAAGCCUGUCCCCGGCGACAACGACUGGCCCUCUGCGUCUCAAUGGCACAAGCUGAACAGCACAGUCGACGGCCGUCUGAUUGCUACUGUGCCCUUGCCGAGUGUCUGCCACAACGGGCCCAUCGGAGCAUUCAAUGCUGACGCCUGUGCCGCGGUCCAGAGCGCGUGGACCGACUCGACCACCUUCAUCGAUGCCCCCGCCGAGGUGAUGAACCCCUAUUUCCAGAACCAGAGUUGCGACCCCUUCACUUCCGAGUACCGCCCCUGUGUGCUGGACAACUACGCCAGCUACUCGAUCAAGGUCACCGGCGCCAGCGAUGUCGUGGCAGGCCUCGAGUUUGCGCGCCAACACAACGUGCGCCUGGUCAUCAAGAACACUGGUCACGACUUCGCCGGUAAAUCCACUGGAAAGGGCUCCCUCUCCCUCUGGAUGCACAACCUGAACACCACCGAGAUCCUCCCCACCUACACCAGCAGCCACUACACCGGCCCCGCGGCCAAGCUGGGCGCCGGCGUCGUCGCCGGCAACGCCUACACCACCGUCGCCGGCGCCGGCUACCGCAUGCUGGGCGGCACCUGCCCCUCCGUCGGCCUCGCAGGCGGCUACACCUCCGGCGGCGGCCACAGCCUCCUAAACGGCCUCUACGGCAUGGCCGCCGACGCCGUCCUCGAAUGGGAAGUCAUCACCGCCGCCGGCGAGCACCUCGUCGCCUCGCCCACCGCCAACCCAGACCUCUACUGGGCCCUCACCGGCGGCGGCGCAGGCAACCUCGCCGUCGUGCUCAGCAUGACGACCAAGAUCUUCCCGGAGGGCCCCAUCGGCAGCGCCGCGCUGACCAUCAACGCCACAGACCCAAACUACCGGCUCGCCAUGGAAGCCCUCUGGACCUUCCUGCCGGCCUUUGUCGACGAGGGCCCCAACACCUGGGACUUCGUCAUGGCAGCCACGGGCUUCGCCUCGCUGGGCCUGACGGCGCCCAACAAAACCGCCCCGCAGGUCCACACCCUGCUGACGCCCUUCCUCGACGCCCUCGACGCCCACGCCAUCAACUACACCUUCGCCCCGGUCUCCUACCCAUCCUACCACACCUACUUCACCACGCAGAUCGCCUCCGGGCUGAACGUCGACCCAGCCAACAUCCAGCUGACAAGCCGCCUGAUCCCGCGCACCGCCGUGCAGAACACCACGCAGCUCGCCGGCGUGCUCGACGCCCUGAAAGCCUUCACGGACGCCGAGCACUGGGAGAUCGGGUGCCACGCGCUCAAUGUCGCGGGGACGCCGCGCACGGCGCCCAACGCGGUGUACUCCAAGUGGCGCGGGGCGGUUGCGAACUGCAACAUCGUCAGCUACUGGGACUGGGACGUCGAGUGGAGCGAGAUGCAGGCGCGCAAGGGGUACCUGGUCGGCACGCUGAUUCCGGGGCUGGAGGCUGCGACACCGACGGGCGGGAGCUAUCUGAAUGAGAUCGAUGCGCAGUAUCGGGGGGAUUGGAAGGGGCAGCUCUAUGCGGAGAAUUAUGCGGCGCUCUUGGGGUUGAAGCGGAAAUAUGACCCGGGCCAUUUGUUCUAUGCGCGUUUUACUCCGGGCAGUGAUUAUUAUACUGUUGAUGCGGCGGGAAGGUUGUGUACUGCCUGA